AUGGUUUACAGAUACAACCCAGCCCCCAAAUCAAAAAUUCAAAAUAGUUUCAAGUUUAAAUCCCCCAAAGCCCUGUCUGUUUUCCCGCUGGUCAAGAUAUCCUACGCCCAACGUGAUUUCAGCACAGCGCUGUCGGGAAAGGAUGUGGCUGGUUUCUAUGCGGCGGUUCGCAAGUUCGUGGUGAUCAUCAUCGUAGCGGCCCCGCUGUUCUCCUUCAACGGAUGGGUGGAGGACCGGCUGGUCCUAGCCUGGCGGGCUUACCUCACUCGCCGCCUCACCCGCGCCUACUUUGCAAACAGGGCCUUCUACCACAUCCAGCAAAGGGGUGACUGCAUGGCGGCAGCGCCAGCUAGCUCCUGCCCCGGCACAGCCGCCACCGGCGGCGGCGCGGCCACGGCGGCGGUGGUGGCGGCCUCCCCAGCCUCCGGCGCCUUGGGGGGCGGCGGUAUCGACAACCCCGACCAGCGCAUCUGUGACGAUGUGGGGUCGUUUGUUCGGAGCAGUGUGUCGCUGUCACUGACUUUGUGUCGGAAGAUAUUCAGCUGCGUGGCGUUUGCGGGCGUGCUGUGGGGUGUUUCCGGCAGCCUGGUGCUGUUCAUGUUCAUGUACGCCACGGUGGGCACCUUCGUCACCACAGCCAUGUUUGGGCGGGUGCUCACAACCCUGUUUUACAGGCAGUUGGCAAGAGAGGCCGAUCUGCGGUUCAGUCUGGUGCGAGUGCGGGAAAACGCGGAGAGCAUCGCCUUCUACAGAGGCGAGGGCGGAGAGCGGGUGCGGGUUUUGUCCCGCCUGGAUGCCGUACUAGCGGUUAUCGCUGACCGCGUUCGCUGGUCGGCGUUGUACGACCUAUGGACGAGCGUGUACAGCUACGCCACCAUCCUAGUACCGUCGCUGCUUACGGCGCCCAGGUACUUCGCGGGGGAGAUCGAGUUCGGGGUCAUCAGCCAGGCCUCGUUCGCGUUCUCCAGAAUUGAUGCGGCGCUGUCCAUCAUCAUCAACAACCUGGCCCAGAUAUCGGGACUAGCGGCGGAGACGGAGCGUCUGGACUCGCUGAUUGCGGCCAUGGGUGGCCCGGGAUCAGCUGCGUCGGACGCUGGCCGCGUGCUUGAGGAGGGGGAUGAUGCGGGAAGGAAGGGCAGCCGCGGCUCCGCCGCUGCCGCUGCUGCCGCAGCGGUGGCGUCGCUGCUGCUUUCCUCCCCUGGCGGCGGUGACGUCAUCCGCCGCCGUACGGAUCGGGAUCUUCGCGGGCUUGUACUGCAAAACGUAACCGUGGUGACCCCCCGCGGCGCGGGGGGGGCUGGGGGGGUUGCGGCGGCCAAACUGCUGGCAUCUGACUUGACCUUCACUUUGGAACCCGGGCAGUCCCUUCUGGUGGUGGGUGCCAGCGGUUGCGGCAAGUCGUCCCUUCUGAGGGCCAUUGCCGGAUUGUGGACUACGGGGUCGGGGGUGGUGGUGCUGCCGGGGGGAGGAAGAGGAGGAGGAGGGGAUUCGUCAUGCGCCGGAGCGACCCGUGGGUCGGUGUUCUUCCUCCCGCAGAAGCCCUUCAUGCCCCUGGGCGACUUGCGCACGCAGCUGACCUUCCCGAGUGCGGUCACGGCAGGUAUUGAUGUCAUUCUUAUGCAAGGCAACGGUGACCCGUGGGUCACUGCCGCCUCCACCACCACACAGCCUACCACAGCCACGACCAGCUCAAGCGGCGGCGGUGUCCGCCAAGGCAAUCACGAGGACAUGUCGCAGCCGGAUGAUGAGGGGCACCUGGAGCGGGCUCCCCUCCUGGAGUCGGGGUCGGGGGCGAGAGGAGGAGGAGAGGGUGUACAGGCCCUUUCAGAUGAGGAGCUGUUGGCGUUACUCGAUGACGUCGGUGGUCUGGAUGUUGAGUUGGACUGGUCCUCCGUGCUCUCCGUGGGUGAGCAGCAACGAGUGGCGGUGCUGAGGUUGCUGGCGGCGAAACCCUGCCUGGCGUUCCUGGACGAGGCCACGUCAGCGCUGGACGGCCCGACGGAGGGACGACUGUACGGCCUGAUACGCAAGCGCAUCGGCUGCUACGUGUCUGUGGGUCACCGCAUGCAGCUGCUGCAGCACCACACCCACGUGCUGGAGUGCCUGGGGUCCGGCACAUGGAGAAUGGACACGUCAGAGCAGUACCAGAGGAGAAUGGCCGCAGCGACCGGACUGCAUCUUUGA